AUGUUAAUUAACGCGAAAGAAUUAGAAAUGCCGGGUAGCUGUCAACAAGGUUUUUAUUAUGAACCUAGUAACCUAGGUUGUUUGGCUUGUCCUGCUAAUGCUUCUUUGGUACCUUCUGCUGAUGGAUUUGGCUGUUCAUGUGCAGAUCAUAGCGUGCCAGUGGGUAUAGGUAGAUGCAAGCCUUGCAAUGCCACUGAAGUGGUGUCAGCUGAUGGCCACUCUUGUGUACCACGUCGAUGUCAAAACGUGUCUGGCAGGAUCGCGUGUAGGAAGUGUCCUAAUGAUUACAUUACAGUCACUCAAAAUAUUGACGGGUCUCCCCUCAAAGAGGUUCAAUGCGUCAGAUGCGCACGCGGCUUUAAGCCAGUAAACAACGUGUGCACACGCUGCGAGUCAUGCGCAUGCGCGAAGAACCAGAUCAUUGUUCGAGGCCUCUGUAUACCGAAGACUUAUGUGAACUCCAGGCCAAAAUAUGAAGAGAAUAGUUUGCAUCCACUUGCUCUUUUGGAUGUUGUUAAACAUGAAUAUUUGUGUAUGCAAAAUGACCUACGAGCAUGUCACACUCUUGCUAAUGAAUGUGUCAGGAACUUCUACUCGACUGAUACAGCUGGACCCUGUCGACUUUGGAUACAGCCUAAAUUGGCUACACCUAAAGGUACAUUACCGCGACUCAUUGUGGAAUCAACGUUGGAGGAUAAAAAUCCAGGGGAAACUUAUAUUGGAAGGAGAAAGCAGGACUCCAUACUGAUUGCGGCAGCAGUGUUCUCAUCGGAUGGCCGUUUCAAGUUUAUGAAGGACUCAAACCAAGAUCAUACCUCGUGCCGUCUUCCCGUUAAAAUUAGAAUCGGUCGAGACUUCUCUCGCGAUUGCAUCAUGAAUGUAUCGAAGCUUACCGAAGAUUUGGACGAGACGAUAUCUCCUUAUCUGUAUGCUGACGGAAAGCUCGUUCAAAUACCAGUUUAUCCUCGGAAACCUAAUGGACAUCCCAUACAGAAAGGUACUUGGAUUUCCAGUAAAUUUAAACGAUUCUUCAUAAUGGACAGAUCUCUGUCGAUAGUCACAAAUACCACGAAUUACGUAUUCUUACGCACAAUGGAGAUGAAAUUACAAAUUGAGCGUGACAAAGCCUCUCCAAGUUCUCUGCGAGUGCAAGUAUCAGUUGAAGUCAGUUACGCAUCGAAGUCACCUUUUUCGGAGUCCAUCGUUACGACUCUUAAGGUGACACAUGUUAUGCCUGAAGCAGGAGUUCAUCGUGGACUGGAGAUAUGGGGAGGGGUUCUAGGCUGCCUGCUUACUUUGUACGCGAUGGUACAAUGGCGAGGAGUGGUCCGCAGAGGAGGACUCUAUAUCUCCGUCCUUCCUUUAAUGGCUGCUGCUAUUUCUGAUACAUUCUACUUCGCUAUUAAAGUGGCGUGGUUCAACUUUAAGCAAUGUCGAUGUGACGUGUUCUUUUUGGAUUGGUCCGAAUACAAUCCACCAUAUAAAGGAGCUGUGACAGAAAAAUAUAGCAAUUGGAGAGCCUCCACUCUAGCCAGAGAGUGGUCCAGGAUGCAGACUAUGAGAAGAGUGUCUCCGGGGUAUACCGCCAGCUUGGCCUUACUUGUGUUGCAUCUCCUGGAACCUUGGCGAUCCUACCUUCCUCCAAGUCAAGGCUAUAAGUGGGCAGUAGCCACAAUAGCCUGGUGGUCAUCAUACAUCACACUGCUGUCCUGUCGAUGGGGGGUUGACAGGAUACUGGGGUCCCCGACUACUGGUCUGCCAAAAAUCUGCAGCAGUGUUGGACUAUCGCUACUGGUGUUUGAAGAGGAACACUACGCUCAUUAUAUUCAUGGACGGAACGAUGACUCCAAAGAUUUGAGGUCUAUAGCGGGGCCGCUGGCUGCAUGUCGCGUAGUCUGCGCUCCACAACUCAGGAUCGUGUAUAAACAGCUGUCCCUAUCGAUACCAGCUUUAGGAGAAACUGAAUCUCGUCAAUCGCUCUUAUCCCGGUUCCUGGCAGCGUUCUUUGAAAGGGCGUUGGACGGCCUAAGCUGGGUUGCCAGUGAACGCACUGUAUUAGAACGUUUACUUAACGUGGAACUGAAUACGAGAGAGGCUGGCAACACUAGCACUUUGCUUUACGAUCCCGAUGAGAGCACACCUUCGUGUUUAGCUGUUACUUGGUGGGGAGAAGAGUGGUCUCUGGUAACAUUUGAAGCCAUGCUAUUUGGUAGCCUGAUGGUAGCGACAGAUGAGCCUCUGAUAGCUGUUUUGGUCACCCUCUUAGUGUGGCAGGUAAUGAUGCGUCUACGAAGAGGAUUAGGAAACAGGAAUCAGCGAGAAAAGACUGACAUUCAAAUGAGAUAA